AUGGCGCCUCAAAAUAACAAGUUCGAAUACUUUUUCGAUCUCCCGCCCGAACUCCGCGAGCUGAUCCUUUCACACAUCUGCGUCUUCCCCGCGGGCAUCCUGGUCGGCGGUGGCUCCGACGGGAGGAGCGUGGCCCUGCGCCGCGGCGCUGCCGGCGUUACACGGCAUAUCCACCACGACGGCACAACAAAUCACAACCGUGCAGCAGGCAACGGCUCAUCGGAGGGGGGCGAGCACGACAACAACCAAGACUACGAAGACGAAGACGGAGACUACGCCGACCCCCCCACCAACCUCUUCCUCGCCUCCCCCGUCCUCCACCGCGAGGCCGGCGACCUCUACUACGCCCGCAACACCUUCCACCUCUCCUUCCUCGCCCCCUCCUCCUCAGGCCGCAAGCGCACCCGUACCCGCCACCAUCGCCGCCAGCAAACCACCCCUUCGGGUAGCGGUAGCAGCGGUAGCAGCGACCCGGGCACGGACUCCCUCCUCCGCCUGCUCACCCACCCGGAAACAGCGGGCGCGCGGCGGCGGAUCCGCGCCGCCGUGGUCGCGGUGCGCCGCUUCGGCGCCCAGGUCCAGGACGUGGUGGUGCCGGCGCUCGAGGGGAUGGUGUUAGACGGGGCGCUGCGGCGCGUGCGCGUGGACGUGGUCGGUCCUCCCCCGGUGACGGCGCUACGUUCGGGGUGGGUGAUGGCGCGCGAGGGGGGGAGCUGGAUGGCGCGCGCGGAUCACGAGGGGAAUCCGGCGCUGCGCGCGCUGCUGGUGCUGCUGGCGGACCCCGGGCUGGAGGUGGUGGGGUUGCGGGUGCUGAGGGCGAGGCAUGCGCGGUUCUGGUGUCGGUUUCAUUACUGCCAGCGGCAGCAGGACCCCCCUCCGGUGGGUGCUGGGGGGUUGUUGGAGGGGGGGGAUGCGGAUGUGGAUGUGGAUGUGGAUGUGGGGGGGACGACUCCUGGGACGGGGACGGCCUGCUCUGCUGCCGUACGGCGGGAGCAGGAGGAGGGGGGGUGGGGGGAUGGGUUUGUGGAGGUGGACAUAGGCAGGCUGGUGGAUGUUGUCUGCGCUGGCGACGCGGCCGAGUUCAACAUCAAGGUCGUUUGA